GGAACCGGGGGCGGAACCGGGGCCGGCACCGGGGGCCGGGCUCCUUCCGGCGGCGGCGGCGGAAGAGGCGGCGGGGCCAUGGCGGACCCGCGGAGACCCGGCAAAGUGGCCAGGUACAAGCCCCCCGCCACCGAGACCAACCCGGCGCUGGAAGAUCCGACCCCGGACUACAUGAACCUGCUGGGGAUGGUGUUCAGCAUGUGCGGCCUCAUGCUCAAGCUCAAGUGGUGCGCCUGGAUCGCCGUGUACUGCUCCUUCAUCAGCUUCGCCAACUCGCGCAGCUCCGAGGACACCAAGCAGAUGAUGAGCAGCUUCAUGCUCUCCAUCUCGGCCGUGGUCAUGUCCUACCUGCAGAACCCCCAGCCCAUGUCCCCCGGCCGUGGUGACGGGGGACUGGGGAGGGGGGGUCUUCGUGGGGGCAAUAAAAAAAUGUGGGGGGGGGGGUCCUGGGCACUGCUGUGGUUCUUUUGUACCUGA